ACCUGUUAAACUACAUUUGAAGGUGUUUGGACUGGGUGGUUUUGUAACAGAAGGAUGUUAAAUAUUUUUUUGUAUGUUUUUUUUUUUUUUCUCUGUAAAUAAUUAAUAUGUUGUAAAUAUGUAAAUGUUAAUAAGUAUCUAAAUAUUGUUUUUUAAAUAUUCAUUAUGCUUUAAAUAUUUAGAUAUUUAAUCAAUCUUAGAUUGAUUUAAAUUAUCUUGAUUAAUCAUCUUGAUCAUUGCAUUACAUUAAUAUUUACAGAAUCUAAUAUUUAUUAAAUAUCUAUAUAUUUAAUUGAUAAUAUUUAGAUACUUAUAUUAAUAUUUGUAUUGUUACAAUUUUGAAACCAUUGUUCUAAAUCAUUGAACAUCAAACAUUUAUUCUAUCGGUUGUGUUCCUUUAAAAUGUCUACAUUUCUUUCAACAUUUUUAGAUGUGCCAGCUAAGACAGCUACUGGGACAAUAGCAUUAAAGGUGGAAGACUCAAAUGACCACUGCCCUACAUUGACCAGCACCUAUCAUCAAACUUGUGAAAAUAAUAAAGUGAUAAAUGUCACGGCUUUCGAUGAGGACGCUGAUCCAAAUGCCGCACCUUUCCAGUUUGUUCUGAUAGAAGAGGAGAGUGUGGGAAAAUGGGAGAUGGUGCCUAUAAAUGGUAAAGACAAAGCAGGUUUAUUCACUUAAAACAUACAAGACUGGACAAACUCGAAUGCAGUUAGCAGAGUGUAAUUCUCUCUUAUUUGUAGGAACAACUGUGAGCUUUCAUGCACAUGAGGCUUUGUGGCAAGGCAUCUAUAAGCUGACAGUGAAGAUCUCUGACGCUCAGGGUCUGUCCUGUCCAGACAGCCAAAAGUUUGAGGUAGAAGUGUGCACCUGUGAGAAAACAGGCUCAUGUGGGCCGAGGAUAGCCGCGCAACGUGGCUUCCCGUUCAAAAUAGGAACACCAGCCAUUGGCUUGUUCCUCAGCGGUGCAGCUCUGCUCCUGCUGGUACCCUUCCUACUGAUCUUCUGCCAGUGUGGGACCGUGAGCGAGUUCACAGAUUUGCCCUUUGAUGCAAAAGAAUGUCUUAUUUCAUAUCACACUGAAGGCAUAGGGGAGGACAAGGCGGUUCCUCUUCUCAGCAGUCCUGUUGAUACAAUACCCAAAAAACAACUGUUCCAGGAUCUCAAGGUUUCCAACACUGUAUCCUCAAGGCCCUUUCAAGCAAGUGUUGCUAAUGACAGCAAAAUGUUCAACCAGGAAACAAACGAUGGGUUUACAGAAACUGAUGGCAGGUUUUGGUACCGGCAAAACACCCUUUUAACAGCCAAUCAGCGCGCUAGUGCUCUCUACUCUGCAACACUCGUGCAUGAAAAACAGGAUAUUUUGGGGGAUAUGGCAGUGGGAGAUGAAUUCCUCAAUGAAUACUUCUCUCAGGUAUGAGAUUAUCUA